CAGGCGGUUUCCGGUGCGCGCCGCGCGCCGUUUUGUCCCCGUCGCCGCCCCGUCCGCCCCGCCGCCAUGGCGGCCCCGGGCCUGUCCAAGGCCGAGUACCUGCGGCGCUACCUGGGCGGGGCCGCGGCCGAGCCCGAGGGCGGCAGGCGCAAGCGGAGGAAGAAACCGCCGGGGAGCGGCGGCAGGGGGAUGCGAAUAGUGGAUGAUGAUGUGAGCUGGAAUAGCAUUUCUGCUGCACAAGAGAAAGAGGAGGAGGAAGAGGAUGAAGGGGAUCUGCCUGUGGUGGCAGAGUUUAUUGAUGAGCGUCCAGAAGAAGUGAAACGGAUGGAAGAAUUCCGGACAAACAAUAAAUGGAAGCUUUUAGGAGAUCAGAAUGAAGAUUCACAAAGCUCAGACCUUUCUCUAGCUGCCAAGUCUAUAGCAAGUUCAGAAACCACAAAACAAAAGAAAAUUAAACACUCGUCUGAACCAUCACCUCCCAGGAGAGGUCGCCAUGAUUCACCUGAGAGCUCUCCACCCAGGAAGCAGCGUCAUGAUUCUUCAGAUGAGUCUCCAUCCAGGAAUCAGCGCCGCGACUCGCCGGACCUGUCGCCGCCCCGGCGGGGCCGCCGCGACUCGCCGGACCUGUCGCCGCCCCGGCGGGGCCGCCGCGACUCGCCGGACCUGUCGCCGCCCCGGCGGGGCCGCCGCGACUCGCCGGACCUGUCGCCGCCCCGGCGGGGCCGCCGCGACUCGCCGGACCUGUCGCCGCCCCGGCGGGGCCGCCGCGACUCGCCGGACCUGUCGCCGCCCCGGCGGGGCCGCCGCGACUCGCCGGACCUGUCGCCGCCCCGGCGGGGCCGCCGCGACUCAGUGUCAGGGAAAAAAAGCAACAAAACUAUGGACAAAUCGCUACCAGGAGGAAUCCAAGGAGAGCGAUCUAAUCUGAGAUCCGGCUUCCCACACAAGUCCUCAUCGCAUCAUAAGCAGCAGAUAACUCCAGAUCUUUCACCCCCCAGGAAGAACAGAGACAAUUCUGACCUAGCCACAUCACCAUGUCAGAGAAAGAGAACUGGAUCACCUAAUGGGCUGAAAAAACAAAGCAGCACAAGAGGCGUUUCUCCAGCCAAUAAAAAGCCUAAACAGGCUCUGUCGCCUAAAAGGCGCAAGAGGCAUGACUCUGAUUCUUCACUGCCACGGAAGAGUUCCCAGGAUUCCUCUGAUUCUGACCUUUCCCCCCUUCGGAACAGUCGCAGACCAGGCCUGCUACACCGUGACUCCCACUCCAAACUCUCUCCUCCCAAGAGGAAUCAGAACACAUCUUCGGAUUCUGAUUUAUCUCCUCCCCGAAGGAGUCAGGCAGCUGGAAAGAAACUCCACAGUUCAAGGAGCUCUCCUAGCCUCUUGCCUCCUCGUCGAGGCCCAGAUUCUAAAAGAUCUUUUCAGGGGGAGAGAGGAGAGGACCAGAGGGCCAGCCAGAUGCUGUCUGGGGGUAAAGCUGGCUUGGUGUCAGCCGACCUGCUGCGGAGAGAACAGCAGGAGCACAGGAGACAUGACAGAAAUAACAAACACUUGGAAGAUGAAUCCCAAAAUGCUGAAACAGUCUUUCGAGACAAAUCAGGCCGCAAGAGGGACCUUACGCAGGAACGACUUGAACAGCAGAAGAAGGCGGAGGCGAAAUCUGAGAGAGAUGAGCUGUAUGCCAAGUGGGGCAAGGGCCUGGCUCAGAGUAGGCAGCAGCAGCAGAAUGUGGAGGAUGCAGUAAAGGAGAUGCAGAAGCCAUUGGCUCGUUACAUUGAUGACCAAGACUUGGAUCAGAUGCUUCGAGAGAAGGAAAGAGAAGGGGACCCCAUGGCUAACUUCAUCAAAAAGAAGAAAGCCAAAGAGAGCAAGGAUAAGAGAGAGAAGCCCAGGUACAAUGGACCAGCACCUCCCCUGAACAGGUUUAACUUAUGGCCUGGGUAUCGCUGGGAUGGAGUGGACAGGUCCAAUGGGUUUGAACAGAAGCGCUUUGCCAGGCUAGCCAGCAAGAAGGCAGUUCAGGAGCUUGCAUAUAAAUGGAGUGUUGAGGACAUGUAAACAAAAGAGAGAACCAAAUGGAAGACUGCUCCUGGCUCCCUGGCAGGGAGGAAGAGAGACCUCAGUACACCUAAUGCCGUUGCAAGAGCUGUAAGAAAUGGCUUAUUCUUCCCUGAACACCUCUUCUCCAUAGCAUUUAGUGUUAAAGAGGACUACCUGGGGAUGACAAGGCUGCCUCUAAAGGAAAGUUCAAGAUGUUCCUGGAAGAGGAUGAAAACAGGUCACUCUGUCCAGGCAGGCAGAGAGGAGAAGGGGGAAACUUUGGGUCCCUUGAGCACAGAGAAGAACUUCUACAGCUUUACUGCAAGCAGCCAACAGGUUGAAUGCAGAGGCAAAGUGCAGUAUCCUGCUACCUGCAGGAGCUGUUCUGCUCUCUUGGACCUGCUGUGAGAUGCAGAAGAGACACCAGUUUCUGGCAUUAAUAUUUUUUUAACAAAUUAUAUAUAAAUACAUUUGUAACCCUAUUUUCAGCCAAACUCCUGGUCCCCUGGAGGUGUUUUUGGGAUCUGUUGGUUUUCAGUUGUGUCCCAAAUCUCAGGUGCUUCUCUGGGGUGCGGAGAGGAUUAAAGAAAACUACUUCAUAGAAUAAUUAUGCUUUUGCGUGUCAAGAUUGUAAACCGAAAGUUGAGAUUUCAGCUGUGGGGAGCUCAACAGGUAUUUGUAGGCAGUGGUGGCAGCUCGUGCUUUAAUACCAUCAGCUGGCUUGUCGCUGUUGUGCCUCAGAAAGUCUGCCUGAUGUCAUUGCUAAGGAGCCUGAAGUGGCUUUUCUGUCCCGCAAUGUGUGGAUUCCUCGACUGGCAGUGAAAGUUGUAAAGCAGAAGCCCCUCUUGCUCUUAGCUGUGAGCUAAGCUAAGUAGACGAAUAUUUCCUACAAUGCCUUGUUCCAUAUGGUGUAACAUCACUAUCUGGUCCCUUCCUAAAUGGGGUUUUUUGAGAGAGGGGUGUGGGGGAGAAACUCUUUUGUUGUAUUUGACAAAAAACCCAUCCUGGCUAAAAGCUCUGGCAGUUGGUCUGGGUUAACUGCUUAUGGAAAGAUGCAGGUAAUGGUGGAUUUAAAUGUACUACCCUGAAUGUGAUUUUCUUUUGAGUAUCUGAUGGCAAGGGGUUGGUCUCUAUCGAGCGGUCUGAUAGUAACAGCUAGCUUGGCAGUUGCAUAGUCACAGCCUUGCUGUUUGCACGUUUGUUUAAACCUGAAAUCUAACUUUCAGAACAGAUGACCACUCUGCCAAGACUCUGAGCCACAGUUAAGGGAGAGACAAUGUGGCCUGGUCCCUCCUGUUGAGAAAGCACCUCUGAUCUCACAGGCAGCUGGAGUUUUCUCUUGUUUACUUUGCAGAGAGAAGGUGUUGAAUGCCCCAGCUGUUUCCAUGGAAGGUCCUUGCCUUAGUAGCAGUCUGGGUCUUGGGAUAGGAAUUAGGCUCCCAUGGUUCUCAUGCUGCAUGAGAGUGCUGGGUGGGAAGUAUAGUGCAAACGUUUUCUUAGGAAAUGUGAUUCUUGGGGUGAUGCUUUCUCCUGGUCAAAAGGUCAUGCUCCUUUUUUAUUUAACAGGUUAAAUUUCUAGCAGUCCUGUAACCUGGAUGUACAAUUGUAAAUAAUAACUUUGUUUUUUAGCUGG